AUGGCAAACGUACCACGGAAAGGCCAAGUGUACAGUGUUGGUAAUUACCUCAUGACUGGCAAGGUUCUAGGAAAGGGACACUUCGCCAGAGUUGAGGAGGCAACGCACCGAAUAAUAGGAAAAAAGGUGGCCAUUAAAAUAAUCGACCUUACUUGCAUAAAAGAGGAAUACGCUCGUCGUAAUUUACACCGGGAGCCAAGAGUGAUGUCAAAACUGCGCCACCCGUGUAUUGCUGCUCUAUAUGAAACUAUGAUGCACGGGCCUCGGUUGUAUGUAGUGAUGGAAGCUGCAGGUGGCGGAGAUCUUUGCGCCCACGUGUUAUCAAGUCGUGGAACGGCGCGAGGCUUGCCCGAAGGAAGAGCGCGAACAUUAGCAACACAGCUGGUCUCUGCAGUGAAGCACAUGCAUGCCAGAGGCGUUGUGCAUCGAGAUCUAAAAAUGGAGAACAUCAUGCUGGAUAGUACGCAACAGUUUAUCAAAAUUGUUGAUUUCGGCCUGUCCAACGUAUGGAAUGUAAGCGGCGCUCUUCGCACUCCGUGCGGCUCGCUGGAGUACGCUGCGCCUGAGUUGUUCGUGGACGGACGUCGCUACGGACCCGAAGUGGAUCUCUGGAGCAUCGGCGUGAUUGUGUAUGGAAUGGUAACUGGCAGUUUGCCGUUUACUGAUGCAGAGAAGGAGGGCCAGUCGCGACCGCAGCUACGCGCCGCCAUCGCUCGGGGAUUCACCAGGAAACAACGCACGGCGUUGUCUUGUGUGUCCAGUGAAUGUAAGACAUUUAUUCGGCAUCUGCUUGAACCCAACGUAGAACUGAGGAUGAAGAUAGAGGAAGCCGCAAGGCACCGCUGGAUAAGAAAACCUGGAAUGAGGAUGAAAACACAUCCCCUUACCGCUCCAGAGGCCAAAGUCAAUCGCGAGAUUUACAAUCAAGUAUCCGAGCUCUGUGGUCAAACUAAAAUUGACGUAAUCACACAAAUAAAGGCAGAUCCUUUCGGUCCGAUAGCGGGCAUAUACAAUAUAAAGACCCACUUGCACCAAAUGCACGCAGUCGCCGGCACCGACAUGCUCUGGUCCACAAACACAGUCGAGCCUGUACCAGUAACGCCUCCAGAAUACAGAGCCAAGACUGAACAAGACGCUACCACCAGCAAUAGAAGAUUUAUCAACACUCCAUCGCCUUCACGGGCUUCUAAAAGUCCAAAUAGGAGAAUGUCAACAGUGCCUCUCAAACCGCCUGACACGAAACUGUUCACGGUUGGGCCCAGACCUAACGGAACUAUAGUUAAACAAUCGCUAAUUAGUGAGAAUGCGAGAGAAGUUUCGAGACAAAAUUUAGACGAAGGGAAGAUUUUAGAAAAACAGAAAACGUGUAAUGAACCAAAGAAAUAUCAAACGAAUCAAAGCCCAAGAAGAGGGAGUCUAUCUCAUUAUGUACCAAAGAAGUCAAUUGUAGUAUACGAUAGUGGAGACUGUACAUUAAGUUCUAGGUUACCGAGAAUCAAUGAACAUUCCAAUACAGAUCUAAACGACACUAAAAUAAAUUCGAGAGGGUUCGCGAGAUCUCCUAGCGUGCGGAAAUUAAACAUUCAAAGCGAAAGAGCUAACAGCUGUACAAACAACGGCGGUGAAUAUAAGAGAUCGCAGUUUUACAGAAGAGCAGGAGACGGACUACCAAGUUGGCGGGCAAGCGGCACAAUACCGACACCACCCGCACGGCUUUUGAUACAAACUACCGCAACGGGCAUCAAAAGAGCUUCUCUGGGUAACAUCAUCAGCCCACAUUCGUCGACAAACAGCCACUGCAAGAGUGAGAGGGCAACACCGGUUGGGUGGUUUUCCACAAGGACGCAGUUUGCCAGGGAAACUACCCACUCACAGCGAAUCAGACGGACUGCUCCCAUGAAAUGA